AAAAAAAUUUUUGACUUAUUAUGAACAAUUUUGUUUAGUUACCAGAUUUUGAAGAAUAGCUAAUUUAUGUCUAGUACUGUGCAAUCAAAAUUAAAAAUAAGUAUAUUCAAAGCCUGUAUGAAUUAUGUAAUUGCAUUUUGGUUAUAGAUGUGGAUGUCCAUGGGAACUGGAUCUAGAGUGAAUUGGAAAUAUAUUCAUAUGUCCAUACUUUUAUCUAUUGGAUUUAUAUUUUCUUUAUUACUAUUGAAUUUUGCAUAUCUUGUCGGCCUCACACUAUCAAAACACAUAUUUGCUUUUAUGGUCAUUGAGUGCCUUAUGUUAGCUGGAAGUAUCAUCCAUAUAUUUCUUCGGCAUUACAUCCAACUUUUUCAUCGUAACUCAAUAAAUCAUACUACCAGCCCUGGUAAAUUUAUUUACUAUGCAGAAUUAGGUUUAGACCUUGGUAUACGUGUGAUGGAAAUCCUUCAUUAUUCACAUGCAAUUAUAUGGACUAGUUCAUAUCUAACAAUGGCUGGUUUUGUAAUAUUUAUGCAUAUGAGACAAUUAAUCAGUGAUAUUCAAAAACGACUACAAAAACAUAAAAAUUUUCUGUGGGUGCAUUCUCAUUUAGAAAAAAAUUAUCCUAUGGCCACUGUUGAAGAAUUAGAUACAAAUUCAGAUAAUUGUGCUAUAUGCUGGGAAAAAAUGGAUUCUGCAAGGAAAUUACCUUGUGGUCAUUUAUUUCAUAAUGGUUGUUUACAAUCUUGGAUGGAACAAGAACCAUCUUGUCCAACAUGCAGAUUAUCAUUAACACUUGGUCACAAUCAAAAUUUGCCCAUGAAUUCAACUAAUAAUGUUGGUCAAGAUACAUUGGGAACACACACGCAUAUUCCUCAUCAUUUUUUUCAUUUUGAUGGUUCCAGAUAUUUGUCUUGGUUGCCAAGUUUUUCUGUUGAAGUAACACAUUCCUUAACAAGACCUGCAACUCAAUUACAUACUUCACAAUUGGAAACAAUGGCUCGUCAGGUUCUACAAAUGUUUCCAUAUUUCACUAUGCAUAUGAUUAUUGAGGAUUUAUUAACUACUCGUUCUGUUGACUUGACCAUUGAUAAUAUUUUAGAAGGUAGAUUGGUUGCACCUCAACAAUUUAUUGAGGAGGAACCCCUCGUUGUUGAAACUCCUCAAAUGGUUAACAGCGUAGAACAAUUUAUCAAUAAUACACCUUCAACUAGUUGUAAUACAAGUCUUAAUGAACCUGCAAUCGAUGAUCUUGUGAGUAUGGGUAGUCAGUUUUCCAAAUCACCUGAUGAAAGAGAGAAUAUGUUAAGGGCUCGAAAACAAACAAUGAUUAUGAGAGCCAGACAAAGGUACAUAAUCAAAGAAGGAGAAAGUUCAACAAAAGCUGACUAAUUAUAAUUAGGACAAUGUAAAGGGAUUCAUAUACACUCACAAAAAAAAAAAAAAAAAGAAAGAAAA